AUGGAUUUAAAACCUUUAACUAAAUCAAUGCCCGUUAACCAAGAUAAAUUAGAAGUAUCAAAGAUAAUGUUUGGUACUUCACUAUUCAAUGGAAUAUUUGAUAAUGUUGAAAAAUGUUUACCUUUUGAAGCUGUAACAAGGGCUCUUGAGCUUGUUGGAAGAUAUGGUGUAAAUAAAAGUGACUUUGAUUACUCUCCAAAAUGUGUUCGUGAAAGUAUUGAAGAAAGUUGUAGACGACUAAAAACUGAUUAUCUUGAUGCAGUAUAUGCUCAUGAUGUAGAAUUUGUAGAUAUUAAUGAGGUUGUUGAAUGGUAUCCAGCACUUGCUAAAUUGAGAUUAGUUAUUUCUAAAUGUGCAUUAUACGCAAAAGAAAAUGGAUUUAACAUUUCUAAGAGACAUGUCGAAGAAGCUGUUGCAUUAUUUAAUGAAAUUUCAGACCAAAAAAAGAGUAAAAAAAUGUUGAUAAGAUGA